CGCGUAGGAGUUUCUUCGUAGUGGACAGUUAUUUUCUCGCUAGUUACUGACCGACACUGGCUUCAGGGAGGCCGCGAGUGAAUGGCUACUGACAUUGUGGAUAAGACGCUGAAUGAUGACGACGUACCAGAAAUUGUUCGAGAAAUAUUUGAUGUGCGAAACGACUCCGAAACAUUGGGACGUCUAUUGAAACUAUCGAAAGCCACUGUCGAUUCUAUACUACUGCAGUACAGUAAACCAAAAGAUCGGCUCUUUCGCGUCAUUGAUGAGUUUAUAAAGCGUGAUGAGCCAGCGCCAACAUGGGGUGCCAUCGUGUGUGCUCUAAGAGAUCCACUUAUUGGGCUACCUAACUUGGCAAAGAAGAUUGAAAAUAAAUAUUGCCCUGUUUCCCCAGCAGAGCCUGUUUCAGAUGCUGAAGUUCUCCCUACCACCUCAGUAGCUACUAUUCCAAAUUCCACGUCAAUUCCUCCAGUCCCUCAUUCCCUAACCGAGCAAAGUUCCAGUAAGUCCUUUACUGUACAACAAACCAUUAAUAGUACCACAUCGAGUAUACAAACCUCACACUAAUGGUAGAUGACUACAGAGUUAGAUGCCAACUUAGUGUACCGUGUCAGCAAUGUAAGGGCAGGAAGUUACAAUAAUACUGUGUAGUAAAGAAACCACAUGAGAGUUGUACGCCCACUGCAUAGUUUCUACACUUCAAGCAGCAUUGUGUGCAUCCCGUUUUGUUUAGUGGCACAAUUCUGCUUGACCCCCUAUUAGAAUAUCAUUAUGCUUCUGGUAUAUAUUUUUAUGCAUCAAUUAGAAUAUAAUCUUGCUGAAGUGAAACGCAAUAUCAGGAAAAUGGAGAAGAUGUUUAAGGAGUUAAAAAAGAGAGUUAUCCGUCUACUACAAGAGAUGUCUAUUAGUGCCGAUGAUGUUGUAUAUGAACUAACUGAACUUCCCGCGUCUGACGUACCUGAACACGAAUCCUUGUUCAAGGAACAUUUACCAGAGCUGCAGAAAUAUAAGGAGAACAGGCCAUUGUUCUCUUACCUUAACUGCUACUGGAACUACCUCUCCCCUCAACUACUGUAUCACUUGGUUGGUGAGUUUCUGAAUGGUACAAAUGCCGAAGACGAAAUGCAAUUGUACGACAAAAGCCUUAUC